GGAGGGCGAAACUCCGGGCGGAACUCCGGGCAGCUCCGGCCGCUGCGGGCUGCGGGGGUCGGGGGCUUCCGGGCGAUGAGGAACCUGAGGCUCAGAGAAAUUAAAUAACUUGCCUGAGGCUACACAGGUAGAAGAGUUGGGCCUGGAACCCAGUUCUGAGGACAUUCUGCGGCCCAGCGGCCAGCGACACCUGCUGUGGGAAGCCAGAGGACUCCCCCGGUAUGGUGGAGACAGAGGACCUGGCGCUGCUGCGGCUGCUCAGCCUGGAGCUCCUGAGACAGCUGUGGGUCGGGCAGGAUGCCAUGAGGCGGUCGGUGGCCCUGGCAGCCUCAGAGUCAAGCCUGGACUCUAGCAGCAGCUAUGACUCGGAGACGCCAUUGUCCCCAGAGACUUCCUCAGCCUCCUCAGGAGCCUCCCCCCGACAGGGCAAGUGCCAUGUGUGUGGCCCGUCAGAUGCCCACCAAGGUGGCCCUUAUGAUAUGGCUAGCUCCAGUGUGACCUCUCUCCCACCUGCCAAUUGCCGACACCAGGAGUCCCCGGGCCGGCCAAGGCCCCACUUGGCACCUUUGCAGGCUACCUCCGACUCAGACACACCAGAGCCUUCAGCAGGGCCGAGUGAUCUCGGGCCCCGGAAGACACAGGCCCUGAAGUCCAUCCUGGCUCGACAAAGCAAGCUGUCCAAGCCCCGAGUGACCUUCUGCAAGGAGUCUGGUGUGCCUGAGAAGAGCUGGCGUCUCAGGCCUUAUCUGGGCUACGAUUGGAUCGCAGGGUCUCUGGACAGCAGCUCUCCCAUCACCAGCAAGCCCAAGGCCUUCUUCUCGAAGCUGCAGGAGUUCCGGGAAAGCAACAGGGCGGAGUGUGUGUACAGUGGCCUCGAACCCCAGCUCCUAGGCCUGUGUGAGAGCAGUGGUGUGGACAAGGACCACGAAUGUGUGUUCUGUUAUCGUGUCAACCGGCGCCUCUUCCUGGUGCCUUUGGAUCCCGGCACCCCCUGUCGCCUGUGCAGGACACCGCGGGACCAACGGGGCCCUGAGACUGUGGUGGAGCCGGCGCAGGUCAGGGUGAGCGUCCCGCUGUCGAUCCUGGACCCCCCACACCGGUACCGUAUCCACCGGCGUAAGAGCUUUGAUGCCUCCGACACGCUGGCCCUGCCCCGGCACUGCCUGCUGGGCUGGGACAUUCUCCCUCCCAAGUCCGAGAAAAGCUCAGCCCCCAAGUGCCUGGACCUCUGGUCCUCUGUCUCCUCCAAGGCCCAGCACCAGAAGUUGUCAGCCGCCAGCCCGUCCCGCCUGGCCUUGCCAGUGCGAGUCCCGCCCCCCACCCCAACCUGGUCAGAACCCCAGUUACCCCAGCCCUGUGUCCUGCGACAGAAGCCCUGAGCACUGGCCACUUGGAGAAGGACAGUGCUCCUGCCAACGCUUCUAGCUUCUUCCCUCUGGCAGGGACACCUAUGAGAUGGAAGUCAGCUAGAGGUGACUCAGGCAGGCUCUACUCUCCUGAGUUGGGCAGAUGGGUGGGCGCAGGCCUGUGUUCUUCUUGGGAUCCAGAGGGGGGAGGCUUGGGUGAGGGGAUUC